AUGACUGGUGGUGCAGCUGUAAGUGGUUCCGCAAAGGCCAAUAAAAAAGCCGUGAACAAACAGAAAUACGUUAUUGAUGCAUCGGCACCUUCUCAGGAUAAGAUUUUUGACUCAGCAGCUUUCGAAAAAUUUCUUCAUGAUCGAGUGAAAAUUAAUGGCCGUACAGGUCAAUUAGGUGAUAUUGUUACUAUAAGUCGUAGCGAAGAUCAUAAAAUUACAAUUACCACCACCUCUCAUGUUUUUUCCAAGCGGUAUAUGAAAUAUCUUACCAAAAAAUUUAUGAAGCAACAUCGUAUUCGUGACUGGUUGCGUGUUGUCGCUACUGAUCUG